UACCCCCCCCUCUGUUAUAGUUAUAUUAAAACUAGAGUUAAGUUAUUUAAACAGAGUUAAAUGUAUCCAUCCAGCCUUUUCCUGUUCCUGUUCCUUUUCCUGUUCCGGUUCCGGUUCCUGUUCCAGUUCCGGUUCCCUGUUCCAGUUCUGCUGCUGUUCUGGUUCUGUUCCUGAUUAUUUAUUAUAGUUAACGUUAAUAAGUUUAAAUACAGCAAACCUCUUUUCAUCCAACUUCAUUUCUCAACCUCAACCUCAACCUCAACUUCAACUUCAACUUCAACUUCAACUUCACUCUUUCUCUUCUCCCAACCAACUCCACCACUCCACUCCCACCAACUGUCGAGAAUAACUUCCUCUGCUCUGCUGCCUUGUUCAAUUCCAUGAGGGGACGCGCUCUGAUCUCUCCUACCCUACCUACAUUUCUCUCUUUCAUCUCUGCGCCACCUCUCCUCCGCUCCGUACAGCAUCCUCUCUCCCGCCGUCUGCUUAUUUAGCUCCCCGUUCUGGGCCCUGCUGCCUGCUCGAAAAACCUCCGAUUCUGCUUCACCACUAGAGAGAGCUCCUUGCUUUGCUCUUAUUUAGACCGCUUCAACUCCAUCCCACGCCUAGCUGAAAACAAACAUCUUUCCCUUCCCCCGUCUCUGCCCAGUUUCGACCCUGCCCAGUUUCGACCCGGGGUUUAUAACCUCUACGACAUUCCCCUCGAAACAUAAAUCAUAAAUAUUUCCAUAUAUAAUCCCGUUGAUUUAAAAUCCCUCCUCCUCCCACCCACCCCCCACCCGACAGCUGCAUCCAGAUCUUCAACAGACUCACUCGCUCACACCGCUUUGGGGGGAAUCUUUGCUGGCUGGGUGGCUCGUCAACUCCCAUGUUUGCUCCUACAAACAUUCCGCUGAUAUGAGCUGGGACCGCCCGAUCCAUAGUUUCAACUACUCCAAUGGCGACCCUCAGACCCCAAAAAGAACCCCGACGUCUGCUGCCUUUGGCGAGUCGGCCUUCCAAACCCCAAAGCUAGAAUCCAGCUUCUACGACCCUCGAGUCACCUGGAACACCGCAGAUCCUUAUGCUUCCAGCCCUGAAUUUCUCAAAACCCCCCAGCGACUUGGACUGUCCACCCCCUCCAAUCACAACUAUCUUCAUGGCUUAGCUGAUCGGGAUUCAACCCUCCUCGACCCCUCGGCCUCGUUUGCUCUGAACCUCUCCCCGCAACUGGAACGGACUUCUCUUUCUGGAACUGUUAGAGGUAGUAAAACGCACGGGUGUACGAAACAGGGCAGCAGCUGCAGAUCUGGGAAGAAAGCAGCGGAAGAUCAAGGAAAUGAUGGUGAUCAGGACACAAUUGACUCCGCAAAACGCUCAGCAGCCUCGAUGCAAACCCCUCCCCCGACGAGCACAGGCAGGAGAAAGAUGCAGGACAGAAACAACAUCAACCCCGGGAAUACACAUCCAGAGCUGAGGGCCAAUGCUAAUAAUGAUAAUACAAUGGGUCCUCCUGAUUCUAGUCACCUGGAGACUCCAAGCCGCGUCGUUGGAAUCUCUGCUAAUUUGUUUGACGGCCAAUCUCCGAACCUGUUCCAGAUGGCUGCAGGCUCUUCUGCAGACUCACCUUUCUUUCCGCAAAACAGGCUCUUAUGGGACCAGGACACGCAGUUUCCGGCUGACUCGCUAGAUAUAUCGAACAAUUUUGGAGACCCAUUUGGACCGAACCAAACAACGAACAACUUUAAUGAUACCUUUGAUCAGGGUCAAUUGCAAAGUGAUUCUCUCCAGGUUCCUCAAUUCCAUACCAUGCAAGCACCGUCCGGGUUAGGACAUUUCAGCGAUCCUCACGCUUUUCAUACACACUCAAUGGAGCAUAUAGACUCUAACCUUUAUCCUACCUCUUUCUCGACAUCCCCCCGUCUCCCCACUGUACGAGAUGAGGACCCCGCCAUGUUCUUGAGCUCUCCUGCACGGAGAUUUGGGUUUUCAGAGCCGACAUUACCGCAAGAUAUGCAGCCCCGACUUGAAACUCGCCAACCCUAUCAUCAUCAGACCGAAGAGUCCAAGCGCGAGAAAAGACUAAAAGAAUUGAAACGUGCUAAGAGUCUAGCUCGCCGUAAAGCCGAAGCCCCUGAUGAAGCUGCGGAUGCCCUACGUCAGUCACGAUCUUCGCAACUACUUUCUAGGCGGAACUCAAGUCAUUCUACCCAGCCGCAUAGCCGUCAUGCAAGCGCACAUUCGUCCUCUGGCCCUGGCGCUUCUGGUAGUGGUGUAAGAAAGACCCCUGCCAAAGGGCGUCUGUCACCGUUGAAAACACAGACGCCCUCCUUUCAUUGCCCGAGUUCGUCGGCUGCCUUACACGCCCCUGUUGAGUCAGUGGUUUUAAAAAUCGGGAAAGAUGGACGAGCUAAAACUGAAAUGGCAGUAGUACCUGAGCCGCCAACGUCCUUUAAUGCUCGCCGGCCAGGGAUGGAUGUGGAUGAGUUGUCCACCGAGAGUGAGACUGAGUCCUCAGAUGAAUCCGAUUUUCCAGUUUCUCACAGUACGAACCCUUCUUUUAAUAUACACCCUGAAUCAACUCCACGGCAGCGCGACGUUUUGCGUGCCCAUUCCACCUCGCGCCCACAAUCUAAGAGCUCUUCCUAUUCAUCAACCAUUGCAUCUCCACACUCAGGACGACAUUCUCCGUGGACAAGUUCUUCCCGUGGAAGUGGGAGGCUACCGCAAUAUCCCACCCAGAAAGACGGCUGGAUGUCGGACGACGAUACAGGCGACGCACAACAUGCACUGAAGCAAGUGUUGAAGGGACGGAAUAGACAACAGGCUAGGCAGCCCGCACCCCUCUAUAACCAAAAGACACGCUCCUCGCAUGCUCUGAGAACAUUACGAUCAUCCCCGCCAGAGUUCCGUAGUCAAUUCGAUUCCCGCCGCAGAGAGAUCAGCUCGCCGACGACAAUGACGGAUCCUGAUUUUGCAACGCCUACCACCGAGCGCCAAAGCAAUCCUAGCAAUGGGACUAGAUGUGUUUGUAACUCGAUGGAUAAUGGCGGGCAUCUGAUGAUUCAGUGCGAAUCCUGCACCCAUUGGCUCCAUACCAAAUGCGUCGGCUUGGACCGCCAAAGUCUUCCGCCUGUCUACAUAUGUAUAUAUUGCACACAGACCCCGAUGCGAGGGGGCCGGAUUCGGGACCCCUUAGCAGGCGGCGCCGGCGGCCACAUCCCAACAUCCCCCUUAGCUCAUAAAUCAUACCGGUUCCGGUAGCCGGUCUCAUCCUCACGUUAACUCUCUCUCUUACCCUCCUGUCUAUCUAUUCCCUUUGUGAUACACGGUUAUAUAUUAUUUUGUCACUCGAUUGCCGGAUGCGUGUAUUACCUGUCCAGCUGUUUGACUUGAUUAGUACAUGGAGCCACGUUAUUGCUAUUGUUUUUCUCUUUUAACUGUUAUCUUCCUUUUUAAACCAUGCCGGUCAGCGAUGACCCCCUCAUACUCUUUUUAGCCCGUUUAACGCAACCAGUUCCCGCUGGAAGACCGAGAGAAUCGUAUUUCCUUUUUAAUUACACAUUUUAUUUAUUAUUCCUUUUAAAUCGCUUUUUUUUUUUUUUUUUCGUUUCUUCUCUGUUUCCGUUUUAAAACCUUAUCCUCUUCCCCCACAUAAUUACAAUUACAAUUUUCCAAUACCCCGCUUCGCAAUUCUCUUCUUUUUUCCUUUUAUUUUCCCUUUCCUUUCUUUCGUCGUUUCCCACCACCUCGUGUUGGCAUGAGAUGCAAAUCCACCACAGUAUCGGACCUUUUUUUUAUAUAUUUUUUUUCUUCCGUGGGUGUGAUGAACGCCAACGCGACUCCCGGCUGGAUCUUCGCAUUCCCAUAUGUUCCGUUUUCUGUUUUUACACUGUUCACCGCACAUAUGUCUAUAUGCCUGUUGCCUUUCCCCCCAAAUGUUACCUGUUAGAAUACGCGCAGUAUCUACCCCCCGCUACUGGCUACGACAAGAGCCUGCUUAAGGAAGCCCCAGCUAACUUACCACCUGCUGCUGCUUCUCAUCUUACGUCAUGCAUGCCGACACGUCUACGUCAGCUCUUCCUUCGUUUUCUUUUCUUUUCUUUCUUUUCCUUCUUCUGCGUUGUGCCUAUUAAGUAAUAAUAUAUGUACGGCUAGGUGUCGUGUCUCCUGCCUUUGUCAGAGUAGUUAAUGUUAUGUAUGUAUGGGUUUUUGUUUCUUUUUUAACUUUCCUGUACCUGGUCCGUGUGCUAUUGUUUCCUUUGUUGUCUCGUUUUCUUGUAAUUGAUGGAUGGAUAGGAUAGGAUAGUGAUUAGUGGGUUGGUGGAGAUGGAUGAAACUGAGACGGAUGGGUAGGUAGUUGUGUGAGAGUAUGAUACUAUGGUAUAUCCCCAAUGGAGAUUAUUGUUUUUGCUACAUGGAUAUAUGGGCUAUGCGGAGGGUCGUGUGUGGAUGGACCUCUGUCUCUCUCUCUCUCUCUUAGAUAUAUAUAUAUGUGUGUGUGUGUGUGUUUGGUGUGCUGUCUAAUGACCGGCCGUCUAUAGUUUUCAGGUCUUUAGAUUCUUAAUUAAUCUCGCAUGACGAGUCAUAGGGACGUACGUAACAGGCUAAUAGAGCGAUGAUGCAAAUGCUUGCGUCCAUCCCGAAAUUACUUGCUCAGUUUGAGUUUGCUUGACAGAUAUCAAAAUCAAAAAAAAAAAAA